GGUCUAAAGAAAAUGGCGUCCUUGCUGAGUAGAACGUUGAGCUGUGCAGAGAAAAUAGUCUUCAGAAAUGGUUCUUUGCUCAAGAAUACAACUGCUGUAUGUGGAAAAUUUCAGCAGCGACGCAACUUGAAUCUACAUGAGCAUAUUAGCAUGAGUAUUUUACGAGACAAUGGAGUUAAAGUUCCUAAGUUUGGAGUAGCUGACACUCCUGAGGAAGCAGAAAAUAUUGCUGCAGAAUUAGCUUGCACGGAUUAUGUUAUCAAGGCACAAGUGCUCGCUGGUGGACGUGGAAAAGGGAUAUUUGAUAGUGGUUUGAAAGGAGGAGUUCAUCUAGUAUUUUCGCCAGAAGAAGCCAAAGAAAUAGCUUCUCGCAUGUUGGGUCAUCAGUUACGCACUAAACAGACUGGUGACAAAGGACAUGUGUGUCAUGAAGUUAUGAUCUCUGAACGCUUAUAUGCACGAAGGGAGUAUUAUUUUGCUAUUACCAUGGAAAGAGCCUAUAGUGGUCCAGUAAUAGUGGCAAGUUCCCAAGGAGGAGUUAACAUUGAAGAUGUAGCAAAAGAGAACCCUGAAGCCAUAAUUAAAGAACCUAUUGACAUAGUUCAAGGUUUGCAGAAACAACAGUGCUUGAGAGUUGCAGAAAAACUUGGGUUUCAUCACAAAAAUGUUGAAGAAGCAGCAGAAAUGAUGGCCAAACUAUAUGAUGUAUUUGUCAAUUAUGAUGGAGUUAUGAUAGAAAUCAACCCAUUAAUUGAAGAAGCUUCAGGGAAAGUAUAUUGCCUUGAUGCUAAGUGCAGGUUUGAUGACAAUGCCAUCUUCAGACAGAAAGAAUUAUUCCAGAAGAGGGACUGGUCUCAAGAGGAUCCUCGAGAAAAAGAAGCUUCUGAACACAACUUGAACUACAUUGCUCUUGAUGGAGACAUAGGCUGCUUAGUGAAUGGUGCUGGUCUAGCUAUGGCCACCAUGGAUAUCAUCAAACUCCAUGGUGGUUCACCUGCUAAUUUUCUGGAUGUGGGUGGUGGAGCAACAGCAGAACAAGUAACAGAAGCUUUUAAACUUAUCACUUCAGAUACACAUGUUCAUGCAAUUUUAGUAAACAUAUUUGGUGGAAUAAUGAGGUGUGAUGUAAUAGCUGAGGGAAUCAUCUUGGCUGCUGAAAAAUUAGACCUGAAAAUUCCUAUUGUUUGUCGACUGCAAGGAACCCAAGUUGAUGAUGCUAAAGCUCUUAUUGCUGCAAGCAAGUUAAAAAUUUUAGCCUGUGAUAACUUAGAUGAGGCAGCAAAAAUGGUUGUAAAGCUUUCAACAAUUGUUGGACUAGCAAAAACAGCAGCAUUCAAUGUGAAAUUUGAGUUACCAAUUUAGUUAACAUUUUCUGGUCAGUCUACUACAUUAGAACUUUUCAUGUUUGUGUUUUGUAUAUAUAAAAAAAUUUGAAGUGGUAGGUAAGUGUCAAAGGUACUGAAUGAGUAAAAAUAUACAUCAAAAUCAUAAGAAAUUAAAAAUUAUUCUUUUGAAUGGAAUCCUAUAUCUUACAUUUAUCCAGCUUCUAUCUUUUUAUGAUUGGUAGACAUGAAAUAAGAUAUUGCCAAUAAGUUAAUCUUUCUGAUAUCAUUAGUGACUAUUGAAAGUGUUAAAGGUUUUUAAUAAUUUUAAAUUUGUCAUCAAAUAGUAUUUCAUCUCAAAAGAUUUCUCCUGCUGUAUGACAACAAUUUGGAAAAGAAGUGACACUUGUAGUGUAUUCUGGAUGAAUUUGUUCUUCAGUGAAUUAUGAAAAAGUAUUUGGUUUAAAUAUAAUAAGAUAAUAAAAAGGAAAGUUUUUUUUUGUAUGUGUGGUAUUAUAUGUUUGCUUAAUAUAUUUAAGCUAUUAUUUUUGGUACAGAAAUAGGUAGUCCAAAAAAAAAGGAAAGUUUAUGUGGUAAAUUGAUCUAACUUACAAAAUGGUGUGGAAAAUUAAAUCUAAUGAUUGUAUAGUUCAAACAUUUUACAGAUAAUAUAUGCCAACGCCUCAUAACUUCUCUUAAAUCCUGUAAAAAAAAAAAAGUACAUAUCUGUUUGAAAAAGUAGACAUUUUUUAUGUGAACUUAUUUUGCUGAGUUUUUGUUACUUAGAAAGGUGUAUGACUAAAAUGUUUCUGAGUUUUCCAAAUUAACAAGGAAGUAUAAAGCAACUUAAUAUACAUUAAGAAUUACAUUUACUUUGAAGUUGUGGAAAUAGUAUCACAAGUAUGUGUUAGUAUUUCAUGAAUACUUAUAGAUUACCAAUUCUUAUCUAGAUCUUUUAUAGAAAGUAUAAACAUAGAUGAUAGUGGAAAAAAAAAGUACUAUUAGCAUGUGUUUAGAAAGCUUGCAUAUUUGUUAUACAAAACAGCAUUCUUGUAUUAAAGCAGUUUAUGUAUAUAUAUAUACAUAUAUAAUAUAUAUUUGGAUGUGUACCCAAUAUUUUACUAUGUUGGAAAAUUAAGACACUUUUUGUUUACUUUAAAAACACUAAAAAGAUUUAGAAGUGUUGUAGUACAAAUAGUUUUAAUGUACAUUAAAGUUUUGCUAGUAGUAAAAUGAGAUUUAAAAAGGUAAAGUUUAGUGUUGAAGAGAACAAGUGCUAAUAAUGAUUUUUUUUUCUGUUGAUUUCCAAAGUUAAUAGGAUUUUAAAUUCUUUCAUAUUAGUUCACGGUUAUGUAAUUAAAAAAUGUUAGACUUUGUUGUAAGAAACAAGUUUCUUUUAUUUUUUUAAUUUUCAUAAAUACGAUCAUUCCAUACAGAAUUGUAUGUGAAUCAGUUAGAUUAUUAAAUCUGUUACAGCUUUUGUUCAUAUUUAGGGCCAGUCCUCAAGAUAAAGUAAUAACACAGCAAACCUGUAUACUUGGAUUGACUUAUUUUUAACAACUUCCAUUUUGACAUUAUCUAGCUUCUAUAAAGGUGCAAAGAAUAGCUAACUUUAUAAUUGAUUAUUUAUGUAUCAUGGCUGAUAACUAACAAAACAUAUAAAUAGGUGUAAGAGUUUUUUUCAAUUGUAUCUGGUAAAUUUGAGGGAUUGACUCAUCAGAACUUUUUAUUUAAGAGAACCAUGCACAAUCUGUUAUAGUUGAGAUAAUAUUUUUUGUAAAGUAAUUUCAUUGUUAAACAAAUGAUAAAUUUUAUAAGAGGCAAAGAAGCCUUGAAUACAUUAAAUUUUGAAGUAUAUUUACUUAAUACUUUCUAGAUUUAUUUUUUUUAAUGAAGAUGUACAUGUACUAUCUAAUUCACUAGCAGUUUUAAUGUAAGCUCAAAUAUUAAUAUGAAUUACUAUUUUAUUCAGGCUGUUAAUUUCUAAAUUUAAACAUUCAACCCCUCACCAAGACUUCAUCAUGAAGUAAUCAUAUUUAGUUUUCUGUCUCAAAUGUUAUCUUUUGUCAUUUACUAGUUUGAAAAGUAACCCUAGAAAAAAGUGUGUGAAUAAUUACACCAGUACAAUUUUUGGAGCAACACUUGGAGGAUAAUUUUUGAUGUUCUAGGCAUACUGUCGUAGCCAAGUGAUGAACACAAGUAAAUUACAGUAGUGAUAGAAUAUUUUUCAAAAAUUUUGAUCAGUGGUGUAAAUAGUUUCUAAAACUAAAUAAAAUUAAUCACUGGAUGGAAGCUAGUUAAAUUAGUUUGUACCUGGAUAUGGAGUACUCAUGGGAUUCUAUUUUGAUCAGUGAUAGAACUCUGAAUCAGUGCUGUUUGCAAAAAUUACGAAUUAUAUGAAUGAAAAAAUAAAAAUGAUUAUAUAUGU